CAGGCAGGGCUUAGGAGAAGCCGGCAGCGGCUGGGGCUGAUGCUUCCAAAGGGCCCGCCAUGCGCUCCCUGCUGCCGCGCCUCGGGAGGGCGCUCCGGUCGGCCGCAGGGCAGCCAAGGCUCUGCAGCAGCACCAGCAGUAACAGCGCCGCCGCUUCAGGGAAGGAUGCAGACGCCGUAGCCGCCGCGCAGCUCAACAUACAACAACCUACCUUUGGCUUCCUGUUUGACAUCGAUGGAGUAUUGGUGCGAGGGAAGACGCCAAUUCCUGCAGCAAGAAAAGCCUUUCAAAAACUUCUUAACUCUCAGGGAGAAUUUUUGGUGCCUGUAGUCUUUGUCACUAAUGCAGGAAACUGUCUUCGUCAGAAGAAAGCAGACCAGCUGUCCCAUAUCCUUGGCAUUCCCAUUUCCCAAGACCAAGUCAUGAUGUCCCACAGUCCUUUGCGAAUGUUCAGACGUUACCAUGACAAAUGUGUUCUUGUAUCAGGUCAAGGUCCACUUCUUGACAUUGCUAAGCAUCUUGGAUUUUUUCACCCAAUUACAAUUGACAAACUACGAGAGACGUAUCCAUUAUUGGAUAUGGUGGACCAUGACCGAAGACCUAAAGUUUUGCAUCCGCCUGCAGUUGAGCUUCCCAAGAUCGAGGCAAUUAUUUUGUUUGGUGAGCCAGUGAGAUGGGAAACUAACCUCCAGUUGAUAAUAGAUGUCCUUUUGACAAGUGGCUAUCCUGGAAAUCCAUAUCCCCAGGGAACAAACACCCACAUUCCUGUAUUGGCUUGUAAUAUGGAUCUGAUGUGGGCAGCUGAAGCUCAGUCUCCAAGGUUUGGACAUGGAACGUUCAUGGUUUGUCUGGAAAAUAUUUACAAAAAGAUUACUGGCAAGGAGCUGAAAUAUGAAGCUUUGAUGGGGAAGCCUAGUGCACUGACGUAUCACUAUGCAGAGUACUUGAUCAGAACACAAGCAGCAGCAAAAGAUUGGAAGAAACCCAUUAAAACUCUCUAUGCAAUUGGGGAUAACUUAAUGACAGAUAUUUAUGGUGCUAACCUUUACAACCGCUACCUUGAAGAGAACAAUUCCAGAAGAGGCUCCAAGGCCCGUGUCCAGGCCCAAGCAGCUGGAGGCACAAGGUCCACCACAGUCUCUCAGGAAGAAGAACUGGACAACAGCUGGGAGAGUGAAUUGGCAUCUGCUUCAGCCACAAGCUGCCACUCUGUCCUUGUUUGCACUGGGGUUUACAACCCUCACACAGAAGUCCCCUCUGACACAAGGGAGAGCAUCACUGAGACUGUGUUUCAUGGGCACAGAGAUUUCAGAUUUGAUCCAGCUUUAGUAGAACCAGACCACAUUGUGCCAGAUGUUGAUGCUGCUGUUGACUUAAUCUUCCAACUGGAGAACUUUGCACCAAAUGAAAAUUUCAGGACUUCUUAACAGCCUCUUAAUGGUUAUACUCCUUUCUGUUUUGAAAAACAAGUGGGGGCACUUACUAAGAAUUCACUAACAUGUUUUUGUUUAUAUGUGUUAACACUUCUAAUGUAUUACUCCUAUUUGUUCUAACCUCAUUUAUUUUGAAAUUUUAGUUUAUGUGCCACUUAUUUCUUUUAGUUGUCAGUGCCGCAAUAUGAAUUUUGAUUUCUGAGUGUUAACUUCCUUGCUUAGCCCAAAAGCUUGAACCUACUGUUCUGAAUGCUGAGGAGGAACAUCUCAUACAUUGAGGUAGAAAUACAAUAAAUAAACUCCUUGGCUUCAGUACAGUAUCUCUACAGGGUAACAUUACUACAAAGCCCCUGAAGGUAUGCCAUGUAGCCAUGCCAUGCUUCAUGGUAAGCAGGUGGGCUGGAUGACCAUUGCAUAUAUUGGCAGUAAUGUCAUGAUUUCAUGUCCGGUCUCAGGGAUGUGGCCAGCUGCUUCUUUGAGCCUGUCCGCCUGCCAUAAAGCACAGAAUGGCCAUGUUAGAGAGGAAGCUUUGCAUUUGUGGAGGUGGGAUGGGAAUGCCAACCUCUGCGGCACCAGAAAUACGAGAGCAUUCUUGAAGGGCCAUGUCAUGUGUUCCCUUCCCCUAUGGUCGCUCUUUGGUGUUUCCAUCCAUAAUCCUCUUGAUUCUGUGCUCUUCCUGUGGAACUUUUCAGUUCUUUAAGAUGGAAUUCACUUGAGUUUGUAAUGACUGAAUACAAACCAUCAGGCAUAAAUAUGUACAAAUGCCGUCAAAUGGGAUUGUAUUCAAGUCUAACUCGUGUUAAGUAACUUCCUGUAAGAGCUCCCAAUUGACUUUGCCCUUUGGCUGCCUAGCUUACUAGCUAAGCUUUAGUUACACUGAAGUUUUAUUAUUAAUCAUGAUGGUGCACUGUGGCAGAAUGCCAGACAGCUGCUUUGGCCUCUGGUUUUAACUUUAAACUCCAAACCAUCAUGCCUAUACUACACAUUUGCUUAAAUAUAUACUAGUGAAGUUCCCCUUCCCGUCUGUUGCUUAUUAAGAUAAUGUAUCUCAGUGAUGUAUAUGCUUCAAUAGUAACUUAUUUCAUGCCAUACCUGUUUUUGAAAUGUUUUAACUAACAGAUUUGUCUAGUAAAGUAUUUUCUUUUUAAAAAUGAA